GCCCUGCAGGACACCGACAUACAAAACCGUUGGAAAAAGACAUACAGAGCCGUUGGACCUGGACAACUAUGAAGACCUCAGUCUUUGUUACCAUAAAGGAGGGAAGAGAACAUUGGAAGUUUAACUAUUUGCUUUUAGGCAAAAGAGCAGCAAAACAAGGAUUUACUCUCUCUGGUGGAUUCUGGAGAGAAAUAUACACGACUGAUGUCUGCCGGCCUGGAAACCUAGCGGUGACUGGCGAUGGAGGAAUUGACAUGGACUGUUAUAGAAUAUGAGUAUUCAUGAUGAAAAUUUUUGGCUAAAUCAUUUAGGUGGUAGUUGGAGUAUACCAUGUUAGCACUUUCGCUACCCAAGUAUUAUUUCCUAACAAAAUAGUUAUUAGAGUUUCUUCGCCAUUUGUUUGCUCUGCAUUUCUCUUCUUUCCUCUCCAACUCCUUUGUUUGGAUGAUUUCUUUGUUUCUUUUGUCUUCUUUCUCCUAUCCCCUUUGUCUUCCUUCCUCUCUUUCACUUCGUGAUUCCUUGGUUCUUUUUCUGUUUUUUCUUUCUUUCUUUCUUUCUUUCUUUCUUUCUCCUCUUCCUUUCGUCUUUCUUCCUCUCUUUCACUCUUUUGUCCCCCUACCUUCUUCCCCACCCCUUUCUUCCCCCUUUGUGUCUCUCCUCUGUUUCCACUACCCCAAUAGGCUUUUGCCUUAGAUCCUCAAUUUCAAAGUGUCAGAUGAUGUCCAAUAAUUAAAGAAGAAGGAAUUUUGGAUUUAUAGCUAGUUGUUGAUGUUUUAGUCUUGGCAUCAACGGAGUUACGGAGAUGAUGUGGAUUUAUAGUUUUAGAUAGAAAGGUGUCCAAAAUAGCUCUGCAGCAUAUGACCGAAUAGCUCUUAGCAUCUCAGCGAAUGAAUGUCUCUUUUAGGGAUUGUCACUACUCAGUAUAAUAUAUUUACGGACUUUCAUUAGUGUAAGCAUCUAUCUUGUAUUUUAUUUUAUUUGUGUUUGAAGUGUUAUGCAUAGUUGUAUGUCUUUAUUUGUGAGAUAUGGUAAUCAAAAAGCAAAUAAGAGGAGUAAGAUUUA